AUGUCAAAUCUUGCUCGUUCCAACUCGUUGCCGGCAGCUCGUGGUAGAGGAAGCCGUGCCUUCUCGAUGCCGCCGGACAAGCAUCUCGGUUUGGGGAUCAUGUUGCCAGACCCGCCGGAGCCAGCACCUUCGAUUAAAGACAUCAGCAGCGGAUCCAUUACUGGUAAGCACCGUUUUCCCCCCUCUAUCUCAGAGUUUGAAGAUGGGCGUUAUUCCGGCUUCAGUUUCCGGCUUUCGACCGUUUUCGUUGAAUUACCGUCCGUAUUGGUUUGUUUCCGUGCAUCCGAAUAUCACCCGUCCGUUUCCGAUCCCGAAUUUUCCAAACCCGACCCCGUUUCUGCCAACAAAUAUAGAAACAGAACCAUGCCCGUGGCAGCUUCUGCAAUCUACUUCCUCAAUCUUCGUGGCGAUGUCCUCAUCAAUCGCCUCUAUCGUGACGACGUCGGAGGCAACAUGGUGGAUGCUUUCCGAGUGCAUAUAAUGCAAACAAAGGAACUCGGCACUUGUCCUGUGCGGCAAAUUGGGGGCUGCUCUUUCUUUUACAUGAGAAUCAGCAAUGUUUACAUUGUAAUUGUUGUUAGCAGCAAUGCGAAUGUUGCUUGUGCCUUCAAGUUUGUUGUUGAGGCAGUCACAUUAUUUAAAUCUUAUUUUGGUGGAGCUUUUGAUGAGGAUGCUAUACGAAAUAACUUUGUUUUGAUAUAUGAACUGUUGGACGAAAUCAUGGAUUUUGGGUACCCUCAAAACCUCUCCCCCGAAAUCUUGAAGCUUUACAUAACUCAGGAAGGUGUACGCUCUCCAUUUUCAUCGAAGGCUGCUGACAAACCAGUUCCAAAUGCAACUUUACAAGUUACUGGUGCUGUUGGAUGGCGCAGGGAAGGCCUCGUGUAUAAGAAAAAUGAGGUCUUUCUUGAUAUUGUGGAAAGUGUCAAUCUUCUCAUGUCUUCGAAAGGUAGUGUUCUACGCUGCGAUGUAACUGGGAAGAUCCUUAUGAAAUGCUUCCUUUCUGGCAUGCCUGACUUGAAGUUGGGAUUAAAUGAUAAAAUCGGGCUUGAGAAAGAGUCUCAACUUAAAUCUCGUCCUGCUAAGAGUGGGAAAACUAUUGAGCUUGAUGAUGUCACUUUUCAUCAAUGUGUAAACCUUACAAGAUUCAAUUCAGAGAAGACUGUCAGCUUUGUUCCUCCUGAUGGUGAAUUUGAAUUGAUGAAGUAUCGUAUUACAGAGGGGGUUAAUCUUCCAUUUCGGGUUCUUCCGACUAUCAAGGAAUUGGGCCGAACACGAAUGGAAGUGAAUGUAAAGGUGAAGAGUGUUUUUGGGGCAAAAAUGUUUGCACUUGGUGUGGUGGUUAAGAUUCCAGUACCCAAGCAAACAGCAAAAACAAGUUUCCAGGUGACAUCAGGCCGAGCAAAGUACAGUCCUUCUAUUGACUGUUUGGUUUGGAAGAUAAGAAAAUUUCCUGGACAAACUGAACCAACAUUGAGUGCUGAAGUAGAGCUAAUAUCAACAAUGACCGAGAAGAAGUCGUGGACUCGGCCUCCAAUUCAGAUGGAAUUUCAGGUUCCCAUGUUUACGGCAUCUGGAUUACGUGUUCGUUUCCUCAAGGUAUGGGAAAAGAGUGGAUACAACACAGUGGAGUGGGUUCGUUACAUCACAAAAGCUGGUUCCUAUGAAGUUAGGUGCUAA